AGCGCGUGAGUGUUCAGCUCUCCAUCUGUCAGUUCAGUUCUGCUCUCAGUAGCGGAGCAUCAUGACUCGAGUCGCGCUGAAGAACCUCACCGUUAUUAUUCUCCUUCUGUCCGGAUGCUGCGACGCAAACCGCAAACUCCUGGUGUUUCUGAUCGAUGGCUUCCGUUAUGAUUACAUGGACGAUUUACAAAACUUGGCUGGAUUUAGAGAAAUCGUGGACAACGGUGUUAAAGUGGAUUACCUGACUCCAGAUUUCCCCAGUCUGUCCUAUCCCAACUAUUACUCUCUAAUGACAGGACGCUACUGUGAGGUGCACCAGAUGACUGGAAAUUACAUGUGGGAUAAAGACACCAUGAAAGAGUUCCUGAUUGGAACUAAUCUGGACAGCCGUCUCCCCAUGUGGUGGGACGGAUCAGAGCCGCUGUGGGUCACCAUGCAGAAACUAGGGAAGAGAGUCUACAUGUACUACUGGCCAGGUUGUGAAGUGACGAUUCUUGGAGUCAGACCUACAUUCUGUGAGGAAUAUGUGUACAACCCUUCAGAGAAGAACCUGAUCGACUCCAUGGAGAGCGCUCUAAAUAUGUUAAAAAGCGAUAAAGCAGACAUGGCUGGUAUUUAUUACGAGAAGAUCGAUGUGGAAGGACAUCACUUUGGGCCACAUUCUCCGGAAAUACAGCGCGCCAUUCGCUCACUGGACCAGGCUUUCCAGACCCUCAACCAGAAAAUCAAGGAGAAGAAUAUGAGAGAUGAUAUAAACGUGGUCCUGUUCUCUGAUCACGGCAUGACAGACCUCCAGUGGAUGGAGAAAGUCAUUGAACUGGACAACUACAUUGACAUGACGCACAUCAUUAAAAUGAUGGACAGGGGGCCGGUGGUCAGUCUGUGGCCUAAACAGGACAAGUUUGAAGAGAUAUAUCAAAACCUGAGCACAGUGGACAACAUGAAUGUUUAUAAGAAACAAGAGAUCCCAGACCGCUUCCACUACAAGAACGGGAGGUUCGUCUCGACGUGGAUCCCGCUGACUGUACUGCGAUCUUUGUGCGGUUUUCAGUAA